UCGGAAUAAAGACAGAACUACCCUGAAGAGUCUUCCACCAACAGGCCUAUUAGAACUGUUUAAUAUACAAGGGACUAGGAGUUUCUUGAAUAAUUGACAAAGAAGACGCGUUACAAGUCAGGACUCCUACUUUGAUUUAUUCUGAACUACUUUCUAUUGUAUUCAGUUAGACUAAGGCAUCUGAGAGCAAGAUGAAACUGACAGGGAUUUUUCUGCUGUUGAUGCUCUGGAAUUGUGAAGGAAGCAGAGUGGCAGAAAGCGGAGAUGAUAACAGCGUAUACGACCUAUUCGAACUUGCGCGAGUCCACAAGAGGCACAAUGGAGUGAGCUUGGUGAAAGGCGCAGAUCCGUACAGCCCCGCGUACAAGAUCCUCAACGCAGACCUGAUCCCCCAGGUGCCAGACGCCUCCUUCAGGGACCUCAUAGAUUCCAUUCAAGCCGAGAGGGGAUUUAUUUUACUCGUCAACUUCAAGCAGUCAAAGAAAACCAGAGGCAGUCUUCUGACAAUUGAGAAGAAUGACGGCACUGGACCAAUUUUCGAAAUCAUUUCCAACGGCAAAGCGAACACUUUGGACGUGGUUUAUUCCACCAUGAAUCAGCAACAGGUUGUGUCUAUCGAGGAUGCCGAUUUGGCCACCGGACAAUGGAAGAAUAUCACGUUGUUCAUCCAGGACGAUCGUGCGCAACUUUUUGUUGGCUGCGAAGAUAUUAAUAUUUCGGAGAUGGACGUGCCAAUCUACAAGGUCCUCUCUCCCGAGGUCGCCGAUGUUGCCCGUUUGAGGAUCGGAAAAGGAGCAGUCAGAGACAGAUUCAUGGGAGUUCUCCAGAAUGUGCGCUUUGUGUUUGGGACCAACCUGGAAACCGUCCUGCGGAACAAGGGAUGCCAGAGUGGUGCAGUGCUGACUGACGUCAUGACCCUGGACAACCCAGUGAACGGCUCCAGUCCUGCCAUCAGAACUGAAUACACAGGUCACAAGACUAAAGAUCUGCAGUCUGUCUGUGGGUUUUCCUGUGGGUUUUCCUGUGAGGAUCUUGCCGGCAUGUUUAAGGAACUCAAGGGACUCGGCGUGGUCGUCAAGCAGCUGUCGAACGAGCUCCACAGAGUGUCGGAGGAUAGCACUCUCCUCAUGAACCAGAUGAAGAUCCACAGUGGAGUCUGCCUCCACAACGGCAUCGUUCACAAGGACCAGGAGGAGUGGACUGUGGACGGCUGCACUGAGUGCACCUGCCAGAACUCUGCCACCAUUUGCCGCAAGAUCUCCUGCCCUCUGAUCCCGUGCACCAACGCCACCGUGCCUGAUGGGGAGUGCUGCCCUCGCUGUGGAACACCGAGUGACUUUGCUGAAGACGGCUGGUCCCCCUGGUCCCAGUGGACACACUGCUCCGUGUCCUGUGGGCGGGGCAUCCAGCAGCGAGGACGCUCCUGCGACCGCAUCAAUAGCAACUGCGAGGGCACGUCCGUCCAGACAAGAGACUGCUACCCUCAGGAGUGUGACAAACGCUUCAAGCAGGACGGCGGCUGGAGCCACUGGUCCCCCUGGUCCUCCUGCUCGGUCACCUGCGGAGAGGGAGUCGUCACUCGCAUCCGGCUCUGCAACUCCCCCACGCCCCAGAUGGGAGGCAUUGACUGCCAGGGCGAGGGACGCCAGACUGAACCCUGCCAGAAGUCCCCUUGUCCUGUCAACGGAGGCUGGGGACCCUGGUCGCUGUGGGACACCUGCUCCAUCACCUGCGGGGGAGGGGUUCAGAAUCGGAAGCGUCUCUGCACCGACCCCGCCCCUAAAUUUGGAGGAAAAGAUUGUGUUGGUGAUGGCAAGAUGUCCCAAGUGUGCAACAAAGAGGACUGCCCUGUCGAUGGCUGUCUCUCCAACCCCUGCUUUGCUGGGUCCAAGUGCACCAGCUUCCCAGACGGGACGUGGAGAUGUGGGAGGUGCCCCGUGGGCUACACUGGGGACGGCAUCACCUGCAAGGACAUCAACGAGUGCCAGGAAGUUCCUGAUGCCUGCUACGUUCAGAACGGCAUCCACCGCUGUGAGAACACAGAGCCUGGCUACCACUGCCUGCCCUGCCCCGCACGCUACUCUGGCCCUCAGCCCUACGGCAGAGGAGUGGAGCAAGCCACCGCAGAGAAGCAGGUUUGCAUUCCUCGUAACCCUUGCAAGGACGGCAGCCACGACUGCAACAAGAACGCCAACUGCAUCUACCUGGGCGUCUUCUCUGAGACCAUGUUCCGCUGUGAAUGCCGGCCGGGCUACGCAGGGAACGGAUACAUCUGUGGAGAAGACUCGGACCUGGAUGGAUGGCCCAACACGAACCUACUCUGUGUGGAGAACGCCACCUACCACUGCAAGAAGGAUAACUGUCCCAACCUGCCCAACUCUGGACAGGAAGACCACGACAAAGAUGGCCUUGGGGACGCCUGCGACCACGAUGAUGACAACGAUGGGAUUCCUGAUGACAGGGACAACUGCCCCAUGGUGUACAACCCUGCCCAGUAUGAUGCGGACCGCGAUGAUGUCGGUGACCGCUGUGAUAACUGUGUGUUUGAGAGCAACCCUGACCAGAUAGACACGGACAGCAACGGGGAGGGGGAUGCCUGCGCCGUGGACAUCGAUGGGGACGGUAUUCUGAAUGAGAAGGACAACUGUCCCUAUGUGUACAACGUGGAUCAGAGAGACAGUGAUUUUGAUGGCGUCGGAGACCACUGCGACAACUGUCCUCUCGAGCACAACCCUGACCAGAUUGACUCUGACUCGGACCUCGUGGGAGACAAGUGCGACAGCAACCAAGACAUUGACGAGGACGGUCACCAGAACAACUUGGACAACUGUCCCUACAUCCCCAACGCCAACCAGGCCGACCACGACAAAGACGGCAAGGGUGACGCCUGUGACCACGAUGACGACAAUGAUGGCAUUCCUGAUGACAAGGACAACUGCAGGCUGGCCUUCAACCCCGACCAGCUGGACUCUGAUGGGGAUGGUCGUGGUGAUAUUUGCAAAGAUGACUUUGACCAAGACAACGUGCUGGACAUCUAUGAUGUGUGCCCUGAGAACUUUGCCAUCUCGGAAACAGACUUCCGCAGGUUCCAGAUGGUACCUCUGGACCCCAAGGGCACUUCUCAGAUUGACCCCAACUGGGUGGUCCGCCACCAGGGCAAGGAGCUGGUCCAGACGGUCAACUGUGACCCUGGCAUUGCUGUUGGUUACGAUGAGUUCAACGCAGUGGACUUCAGCGGAACCUUCUUCAUAAACACGGACAGAGAUGACGACUAUGCAGGCUUCGUGUUUGGCUACCAGUCCAGCUCCAGGUUCUACACUGCCACCUGGAAGCAGAUCACCCAGACCUACUGGUCCCACACACCCACCAGGGCUCAGGGCUACUCUGGUCUGUCCAUCAAGGUGGUCAACUCCACCACUGGCCCAGGAGAGCACCUGAGGAACGCCCUGUGGCACACUGGAGACACCGCAGGACAGGUGCGUACAUUGUGGCAUGACCCCAAGAACAUCGGCUGGAAGGACUACACUGCCUACAGGUGGCACCUGAUCCACAGGCCCAAGACCGGACUCAUCAGAGUUGUGAUGUAUGAGGGAAAGAGAAUCAUGGCUGAUUCUGGUAAUCUGUACGACAAGACGUACGCAGGUGGAAGACUGGGCCUGUAUGUCUUCUCACAAGAGAUGGUGUACUUCUCAGACCUCAAAUACCAAUGCAGAGAUACAUAAUGGGACCAGAGUGAGGCUCUCAGAAGAAUUUAUGUCUGUUUCAAUAUAAAUAUGUAAUGUUUUCCCUGGGACCAUAUCUAUAUUACUCUUUCCUUGCGAAGUGCACAUUGGUUGAAUGGAGAGCGUGUGAGUAGAGACAAGGUCGGUAGACCUCAGGACUUGGUGAACUGACUGCUGGGUGACAGCUCAACCACUACACCAACAGUAGAUGAAGAAACCGGCAGCUCCCACUCUGCAGAGCUUCACACUCUUGCUUGAGCUGCACAGCUGAGGGCCACAGAUCGCUGUGCACUUCUGAAAUAGCUGCCGAUACCCUCCUCUCCCGAUGCGUGUCCACAGGGGAAAGUAUUUGUCUAUAUUUUUAAAGCAUUUUCUGUAGAUCUGCUGUGGACUCAAAGACUUGUUUCAAUAUGAAGAAAGCAGUGUGAGGAGGGAGAUCUUUAGAUGGCCAGAGAAGGCCACUGAAGGGACCGAGGGACCAUGGACAGGAUGUGGACUGAUGUUACCAUCAGAAAGAGUGAAUGUUAUCUGUGUGUGUGUUGCCCAGGAAGAUACUUUUUAUAGAACUCCCUUUGUCUAGAGGUUGUACACCAUUUUAAGUAAGAUUUACUUUUAUCCCCCAUUCAUCUGGAUUCAUUUUAACCUUGAAUAGGUUUGCAUUGUGGGACUCCCAUAUGACUCUAUCUCAGGACAGGACAAGAACAGCAAGACCCAAAGCCAGUGUUGAAUCUCUUGCAGACAACACUGUAGAGAUACUUUGGGAACAACCGCUUUUACCCCAGAAUAUAAGAAGUGUACAGGGACGUAAACAAAAGGCCAGUCUAUGACCUGCCAUGAGAGGACUCUUGUUAAGGUUGUACAUAAGUUAUUAUUUAUUAUGUUUGUUACCAUCUGAGAGUAUUCACAGGUGAUCCCUAGAUGAGGCUCCCUCAUUCAUCUCUGUCAUACGUAUUUGCAAUCCCGUCCAAGUAACUGGAAUCUUUAAACCAGGGGUCCCUUGAACAGUCCUCUCAUAGCACGGUGGUACCUCUCACUCAAAUCCGAUCAAGACAACAAAUAAACUAAAAGUUACAUUUUAAGAAAUUAUGUUUCUGCACAGUAUGCAUGGCCAGCGUGAUUGAGCAUGUGUGUAUAGUUCUGAAUAGGGAUAGGACAAAGUAAACCCUCUACAUACAAAUAUUACCUCAUUAUUUUUCUGAUUGACACAAACGAGACGAAUAUCUUUUUAGCAGCAGAGUAUUAGUGGUUGGCUUAUUUUGGUUAUUUUUGCACAACUGUAGUGCAAUAAUGUUUUUUGUUUUUUUGCUGUAUAUAAGAUAUUUUUGUAGAAGAAAAUAUUCCCAAAGAAAGUGAUAAAAACACUUAAAUUUGUUGUGCUUGAUGUAUGUCCUGUGCAUUUGUAAUGGAUAAAUUAUUAUGUUUGUUUCAUGUUAAGAGGUCUUCAUGUGUAGAUAUAUGCUAUUUAAGUAAUUUAUCAAGAAACAUGACCCAUGGAAGUGUUUCUGUCUGUAUAAACUUGUUUGCACACUGACAUGAGGAUGUCUUUGGUUUUUGUUUUGUUUUAUACUUUUUUAUAUUAGUGAUGCUUCUAAGAAAAUGUUUACCCUAUUCUUACCCACAACAUGCUGUUUAUACUCCUAUCAUUUAUUUUGUAAUGUCAACUGAACAAUAAAACACAUCAGGUGAAAAUGACUGGUA